AUGUCUGCCGACCAAGUGGGCCAGCUCGACAAAUCUCGACCACGGCCAAGCGAAGCGAGUCUGUCUUUUCUCGACAUGUGGGUGAGGUGGAAAUCUGCACGUCUUGCAGCCUCACGGACCUCGACGGACCUCACCGGUCAAGACCAACACUGGGUACUUACUGCUGAGGGUACCCAGGUUGAGAAGGGGCAUCGCGGCCAUGGCACCGGCCCAACCUACGCAAAUCUUUGCUCGCUAUGGUCCUCGCUUGCCCAGUCUGUGAACGGGGUUGUGGUGCUCGAAUGGGAAAAAGUCAUGGCGAUUGGAUGGGCUGCUGGGGAGUUCAGUUCGGUGGUUGAUGCGUUGAAAGGGUUGGGGUUUGGGGUUGCGGGAAGCGUGUUCGGGUCGGUGAGGCGCAGCAGCAGCAGCAACAGCACCUCCACCUCCACCUCCACCGCCGCCGCCAUUGUGAGGCUGAGGCUCAGCCCUCUAUGCUAA